CCCUGCUUCAACUCUUUCAAUCUGGUGACUCCAUUUGUCUUUCAAGCAGGAUUAAUGGCAGCUAAACGGUUUCACGAAGAAUCGGGUUCUGACCCAGAUCAACCUGACGAAAAGCGGAUCAGGGGGAGGCCUUCUCUGAUGUCGUAUGUAGUAUUUGGAGAAGUUCUUACGGGGAAUUUCGUGGAGAACUUCUGCACGACCUUGGAGCCAAUGCUCAGAAAAGUGGUGGUUGAAGAGGUGGAGAAGGGAAUUCGCAAGUGCCGCUUCACCAAGUCUCCUUCUUUUCGAAUCCAAGCACCAGAACCAUCAACCAUGCGGCUGACUUUCACUAAGAACCUUUCACUUCCUAUAUUCACGGGGACCAAGAUUGUGAAUGAUGAAAACAAACCUCUUCAACUCAUUAUUGAGGACACAAGUGGUGAUAAUCAAAAUAUUCUGAGAGCUUUAUCUCAUACUCUCAAAGUAGAUAUAAUUGUUCUCGACGGUGACUUUCCUGGAGGAGACCGUGAGAACUGGUCCACCGAAGAAUUCGAUAACAGUAUCGUGAAGGAGAGGGUCGGAAAGCGCCCGUUGCUGGCCGGAGAUGUGCAUGUCACUAUGAGGGAUGGGGCUGCGGUGAUCGGAGACAUUGAGUUUACUGAUAAUUCGAGCUGGAUUCGUAGCAGAAACUUCAGGCUUGGUGCAAGAGUUGUUCCUGAUAGCUGCAAGGAAUUUAGGAUUCGUGAAGCCAUUACAGAAGCCUUUGUGGUUAAAGACCACCGUGGAGAGUUGUACAAGAAGCACUAUCCACCAAUGCUGGAUGAUGAAGUAUGGCGUCUUGAGAAGAUUGGAAAAGAUGGGGCUUUUCACAAGAAGCUAGCCUCGAUAAACGUCAACAGUGUGCAAGACUUCUUGAAGCUGUCAAUCGUUGAUCCAGCCAAACUAAAAAAUAUAUUAGGUGUUGGGAUGUCAGACAGAAUGUGGGAAUCAACCAUAAAGCAUGCAAAAACAUGCAUGAUAGGAAACAAACUGUAUAUUUACCGUGGAUCCCAUUUCACCAUGACCUUGAAUCCUAUAUGUAUGGUUGUUAAGGUUAAGAUUAAUGGGCAGACAUAUGCUACUCCUCAAGAACUAUCCCCUAUUAGGACCUAUCUCGAGGAGUUGGUUCGACAAGCAUACGCGAAUUGGGAUUCCUUAGAAGUUGUUGACGGAGUCCUGAACGAGACUGCUCUCCUAACUCAAGGUGAGCAGAUAGUGGAGCAAUAUCCCAAUCAUGAGGUGACCAUGGCAAUACCAUUUCAGCAACUUGGGAACCCAGCUGAUACAAGUAUGGGGGUGGGGUACACAGAUGUAGGAUGUAGCCAUUGGCAGAUGAAUCCUUCAUACCAUGGCAUACCAUUUGAUCAUAGCAGCGUCCACUGUUACAUCACACGCUCAUCAUCAGAAGGGGAUGGAACAUCUUCUUCAGGGGCGCCUUUUCCAAAUGGAAGUUGAUGGAAUAUCAUUAUCCAACAAUCUUGGAGUUAAUGAAUGUCGUCUGGGGCAGAAUCCUCUCGUUGCUGCCCAGGGUGAAAUCUUGUGGUGGCUUUGGUACUGAGAUGUGAUUUAAAUGCUGUCCUUGUAAAUGGUAAAAGAGAAGCAAAGCUAGGAAAAUAAUAGAAAAAGGAGUAUUGUGAAUUUUGUUCGACUGUUCCACAAAUUUCAUAUGAAUACAUUCCGCCAAUUUUCUCUUUCAACA